AUGCCCGGUUCAUGUGAGGUCUGCUCUUCGGAGCCCUCGAAAUAUCGGUGUCCCACAUGCCAACUGAUGAGUUGUUCACUUGCGUGUACACAAGCGCAUAAAAUAUACUGUGCACCCAAGGCCCCCUCGAAUGAGGAGACCAGCGAUCCAGCAGGCCCAAUCGAGCCCGAGACCGAAGUCCACAUCAACGAGGCUGGAGCUGGCUCCAAGGCCCCUAUAUUCAAUCCUGCCGAUGCAGCGACAUCCUCUGAGAUGAAAGCGCUGCUGGAGCAGCACCCAGAACUUCGCAGUCAGCUCCAGGAGCUAUACCAGUCGACGCUGGAAGAAGAAUGGGUGGAAUCAUAUACGGCCCCGGCACGAGGCCGGGGUGGACGAGGCCGGGGUCGCGGGGGGAUGACCUCUCGCAGUCGGGGACCCUGGACGGCGGAGAAAGGCUUCAAACGGGGGUUGGGCAGAGUGCGCAAGGUCAGACAAGAUGGCGAGGAAGGGAAGGAGACUGGUCAGACAAGUGAGGCAUUCAUGCGGUUCUUGGCACUGGUCAAUCGAGGACAGGAGACUACUGUAUGA